CUAAACAGGCCCAAAGACCCACGUCUGGGGUCAAAAACGAGCUAUAAACCGUCCGCUAUCUUCCCGGUGCUCACACACGCCCUACUCGGCACCCUGGGCAGGCGGCACCUCCUCGCUGCGGCCGCCAGAGGUCCGCGCCCCCUCGGCGCUGCCCUUCUCUUCCUCACCACGUCCCGGCGUCGCCCGCGACUCUAGCUCCCGGUAGGCACCGCGCGCUGCCCGGGGCCCGAGGGCCGGCACCUCCCCUCCUCCUGCCCAAACGGCUGCCGGGCCCACGUGACCGCCGAGCGACCAACCGCGUUUGAAUCUGGAUUUCUUAUCCGCCCCUUCUCCGCCCCCGAGCACUUCUGCGAUCAGAUCGAUCUAAGAUGGCGACGGUGGAACCGGAAACCACUCCCAACCCUCAGCCUUCAGAAGAGGAGAAAACCGAGCCAACACCUAGCCAGGAGGUUGCCAGCCCUGAGCAGUAUAUUAAGCAUCCACUACAAAACAGAUGGGCACUCUGGUUUUUUAAAAAUGACAAGAGCAAAACUUGGCAAGCAAAUCUUCGGCUUAUCUCAAAGUUUGAUACUGUGGAAGAUUUUUGGGCUUUAUACAACCAUAUCCAGCUCUCUAGUAAUUUAAUGCCUGGCUGUGACUACUCACUCUUUAAGGACGGAAUUGAACCCAUGUGGGAAGAUGAAAAAAACAAGCGAGGAGGACGAUGGUUAAUUACACUAAACAAACAGCAGAGACGAAGUGACCUCGAUCGCUUCUGGCUAGAGACACUGCUGUGCCUUAUUGGGGAGUCCUUCGAUGACUACAGUGAUGACGUCUGCGGUGCUGUUGUUAACGUUAGAGCUAAGGGUGACAAAAUAGCAAUAUGGACAACUGAAUGUGAAAACAGGGAUGCUGUUACGCAUAUAGGGAGAGUAUACAAGGAAAGAUUAGGACUUCCUCCAAAGAUAGUGAUUGGUUAUCAGUCCCACGCAGACACAGCUACUAAGAGCGGCUCCACCACUAAAAAUAGGUUUGUUGUUUAAGAAGACACCUUCUGAGUAUUCUUUCUUAGGAGACUGCGUCAAGCAAUCGAGAUUUGGGAGCUGAACCAAAGCCUCUUCAAAAGCAGAGUGGACUACAUUUAAAUUUGAUUUCCAUCUAAGUGUUGCUAAGAUUUGUGGGAAGUCUUAUUCGCCUUUGUCUUGUACUUCUGUGUUCAAUUUUUUUUUCCCCCCUCCCUCCCCUAUUUUGGCUGAAGUAACCGUUACCAAUCAGAACGUUAGUACACUUCACCCUCUGAAUCCAUACAUGCUUUUCUGGCCCACUCUGUACUAGCUUGAUAGAAACAUUUACUAUUAAGAGGAUUUAAAAAAAUAAUAAUAAUAAAUUUUUUUUGUCCACAGUAUUCAGAAAAGAAGUUGCAUUUCUGUACCUGCAGGAAAUUGCUCUGUUUUCCAUUUGCAUUGUAUGCAGUAACAUUUUGCUGGUUUGGAGAUGAGUAUGGUGCAUACAGUUUUCUAGCAAUUUUUUUUUAUACAGCAUCCUCUUUGCUGUAAACCUAUGCUGGUGGCUGCUAGAUUAAUUUAUUUGUUUUCCCUAUUUGAUAACAUUAGUGAUGUUUUGAUCUCAGUUGUUUUUCCUUUUCUUGUUUUU